GAUGUGGUUGCAACAACUUGGGUUCCAUGAGCUCUGUCUGCGAUAUUGUGUCCGGACAAUGUCAAUGCAAACCCCAGGUAGUCGGCAGGCAGUGCAACGAAUGCAUGAGUGGUUACUGGGGAUUGGCAUCGGGAGCAGGUUGUGCGCCUUGCGGCUGCGAUCCUAUGGGAUCCUACAACGCAUCCUGCCUCGGCGACACAGGACAAUGCCAUUGCAAGCCGGGUGUAGGCGGUUCACGUUGUGACAUUUGUCUGUCUGGAUAUUACGGAUUUUCAUCGCAUGGUUGUCAAGUGUGCGAUUCAUGUGUGCGACCCGGUCACGUGUGUGACCCCGACACCGGUCGUUGCGUGUGUCCCCGCUUGACCUACGGCGAGCACUGCGACCGAUGCAUGCCUGAUGCGUGGGACCUCGUGCCGCGUGUCGGCUGCAAACCCUGCGCCUGUACUCUGGGUGCCACACGGACUCAGUGCGACCGUCAAGGCCAGUGUCCGUGCAGAAUCGGCUACGACGGGCUCAGGUGCGAGAGAUGUGCCAAGGGUUACUACGGAUAUCCACGGUGUCGACCCUGCGGUUGCAAUAUCGCCGGCACAACGCAGUGCCGAGACGGUGUCUGCGAAUGCAACGACAAAGGACAGUGUCCUUGCAAGGAAUUGGUGCUCGGACGACAGUGCAAUCAAUGCAAGGAAGGUACAUUCGGUCUCGCGGCGGAUAACAUCAAAGGAUGUACUGAGUGCUUCUGCUUCGGUAGAAGUACACUGUGUCAGCAGGCUGGACUCAGUUGGGGUCAACACAGAUUGACACGUCCUCGUGUUCUUUAUAUCAAUGAUACAGCCAGAGAUGUAACGAUAAUGAACUUUAACUCCACGAUUAUACUAUCAACGGUGAACGGUGGCUUGAACGUGACAAACGGGCUCUCCGUAAUCUCCGAGUCCGAUGGUGACGUCACAUUGCCCUUCAACCUUUAUUACAAUUAUCCUUUAUAUUGGAAACUGCCAGAUUCUUUUCUGGGCGAUAAGGUCGUCUCUUAUGGAGGAUUCUUACGCUUUAAAACCUUAACGGAAGGUGGAAUACCUCUGAGAUCGAAUCUUCGAUAUCCCGUGGUGCAGUUACAAGGCAACAAUAAGAUUGUCUUGGAAUAUUAUUUGCAUCUGCCGGUGAACGAUAAUCGCUACGAAGUCAGGUUCCACGAGUCACUGUGGCAAUUACAAAAUAGGCCAGAUUACAAAGUUUCCAGGGAAGUACUGAUGGUGGCAUUGCAGAAUCUGCAGUACAUUCUUGUGAAAGCCUCGGACAACGCCGAGUUUACGAAAACCACGCUUCUGGAGGCAUCUCUCGACGCCGCCGUCCUGACGCCCACGCACUCACCAUCGCUGGCGACUGGAGUGGAGAUCUGCCAAUGUCCGCAGGAAUACAACGGCACGUCCUGCCAGGACCCCAGUGUCGGCUUCUACAGGUGGUACAAGAACACCACCGCCACGUCCACCAUCGUGAUCGAUCUUGUCGGACAAGCUAAGCGCUGCCAGUGCAACAGCAGAUCCGAGGUGUGCGACAGGGAGACAGGAUAUUGCUUGAACUGCAGAGAGAACUCGAUUGGUGCACACUGCAACGUUUGCGCUGAAAGUUUCUACGGUCAUCCGGAUUUCGGAGGCUGUAAGCCGUGUCCUUGCCCGCAAGUCGAUAAAAGGUUUUCCAGUACUUGCGUGGUUCGCGCGGACAAUGAACCCAUUUGUCAUUGCAAGCCAGGUUACGUCGGUGGAAAAUGCGAACACUGCGCCUACGGUUAUUACGGCUCUCCUGGUCUUCCGGACGGUAAAUGCGUUCCGUGCAACUGCAACUUGGCAGGAAGUUUGAGCGACGCUUGCGACAGCAAAACGGGACAGUGCAAAUGCAGGCCUAACUCUACCGGCAGGGAUUGCUCUCAGUGCACAGCGUAUCGUCAUGUUUACAUAAACGAUGUUUGCACUUCGUGCAAUGACAAUUGCACGGGGAUUCUACUCGACACCACCGCAAUGCUGUCUGAGGAUUUGGCCGCGAGAACCAGCCAUAUAGCAGACGGAUACAUUCCACCUCCGUGGCAAGAACUGACGUAUAUCGACACCAAUGCGACUUUAUAUUUCGAGGAGUUGGAGCUGCGAACUCGUCUACAGCAAAGAAUGAAGAAAGUACCUUGGCACGAAUACAGGAAAUUCAUGGAAGAUGUCGAAGUUAUGUUGAGAAGUGUAAACCAGCAUGCGAAGUAUGCCGAUACGUCGAGAAUCAAGAGCAACGACUUGAAAAAUAAUAUUUUUACCGCAAAAAUCGAGUUGAAUAAAUUGAGAAGAGAUAUAGACGAUACGAUUUCGCAACUCAAUCAAUACACCAAUAACAAUAGAAAAAUAGAAAUCAAGAAAGCUUUAAAAACUGCGAAAAUAAUCUUAAAUCAUUUGAAGUCUGUCGACAUAACUAAAAAGACCAUGGAAGUCGAAGACUUUCUUGAUGAAUUUGCCAAGUAUACAUCAUGGCUGAACUCGCUUUACAACGCGACCGAGCCGUUGGCAGCUGCCCAAGAUGACGCUGAAGAUUAUGCGGUAAAGCUAAAGGAUAUGAGAAGAAUCAUAGAAAACACCAUGGAAACGCUGUUCAACUAUGACAAUUUAUACAACAAUAUCAACAGCACACUUGCCGAGACCAAAAAUCAAUGUGUUCGUAUCGAGAUGUUGCGCGACGAGACGAACGAAUCACUCACCGACGGAGAAAAACUUGUUGACGAGGCUCGCGGUUUGCUCAUAGAUGCGGAAAAUAAUAUUCAAGACCUUCCGGACUCACGAAACAAACUGGCGCAUUGGACCGAGAAGCUGAGUAUGAAGGAGGAGCAUUUGGAACGACUGAAUUAUGAAUAUACUGAGAAAUAUGUUAUGCCGGCAGUGCAACAUGCGAAAAAUCUGGCCAGUGCUGUCGACCAAUAUGUUGGUCUAUUCGCUGAGACACGCGAUAUCGCAGCCAGUCCUCUAAAAGCCAGCCAGGUCUACAAGAACAUCGUCGAUGACCUACAAUCGGCGAAGAUUAUUGCGCAGGCAGCCAACGAAAUUGUUGAAGAAGUGCACGGAAAGGUUUUUCCUCCAUCUGGAGAAAAAUCCCUGUUGGAUGACGCCAAGGAAGCAUUGACAAAGUCUUCGCAGCAGUGGGAAACAGCGAAAGAGCACGAUAAACUAGUCAAAAACGCGAACACCGAAUUAGAGGCUCAGAAGCAAGCUGUAUUCAAGCUGAAGAACACCUUAAACAGCACUGGAAUAAGAGACAAUGAGAUAAACGUGAAAUUGCGAGAACUGCAAAACAAUAAUAAAAAACUACAUGAAGAUCUGUUGGAUAUCCUGGACGAAAACAAUGAAGUGUCAGAAUCAGUAAGCAACACGCAACGACUGAUCGACGAUUACAAGCAAGGCAUUACCGAUAGGCUAAAGUCAAAGUUAAACGAAUUGAAACGUGAUGGCGAUUCAAAGAUCGGACUGGCCAGCGAAAAAUUGUCAGAAGCGCUAAGCAAUAUUAAGAAAGCAGACACGAAGCUAAUAAGUUUGUCAAACAUUGCGAUGAAGCGGAAGGCUGCUUUUGACAAGUGGAAUGACACAUUAGCCGCAAAGCUGCAAAGUCUUAAAGAUAAAAUCGCCGAGGCACGCAAUACCGCCGACGGGAUUCGCGUUUCUGUGAGAUCGGUGGAGGGUAAGGAAUGCAUACGUUCGUACAGACCGGCGACACUGCAGUCCUCUUCGACGACUUCAAUUGUGAUGACAUUUGCGCUUCCGACAUCGCGCAAAGAUGGUUCCUUAUUUUAUCUGCCAAGUGGAAUUAAUGACGAUUUUGUUGCAUUAGAGAUAAUCGACAGAAAAGUGCGAUUUCUGUGGAAUGUCGGCGGUGGUACGGGCGUCCUGACGCAUCCUGAAAUCCUCGAAAGUGGCGAUCUGCAGAACGACAAAUUCUGGUAUCGGGUCGAAGCUGAAAGAACUCGACACACAGGCAAGCUGAGCGUGCGCAAGCAGACUUCCACAUCCGGGAAGUAUCUCCCUGUCAUUAAUUCGACGAACUCCGAGUAUGGUCGCUUCGACGUUCUGCCUACAGACCGAGUAUGGAUAGGAGGUAUUCCCAAGUCGCAAAGAAGGCCGCCGGAAUUGAUAGCGACUAAUGGCCUUCCGGGCUGCAUUCAUCAAGUGGUCCUCGACGGAAGUCAGAUCGGCCUUUGGAAUUUUAUCACAACCGCGCCGGAUAUGGCUUGCAAAGCCUGCGUGGAAGGAGCGGAAGAUGCCAGAGAUGACAUAGCUUACAGUUUCAACGGCGAGGGCUAUGCUGUAAGGAACAGAGUCUCGUCGGGUCCAUACAAUAAAUAUAUGUUUGGAGUCUCGAUCAAUUUUCGAACAUACGACGAGAACGCAUUGCUAUUUUUGGCCAUCAACAAAGAUAAUAACCAGCAUAUCAUGAUCUUCCUACGAGAGGGCAAAGUGAUUCUCCAUGUCGGUUAUGGCGGAAACGUCAGUAUGGAGAUGUCCUCGACUCACAAGUACAAUACCGGUAACUGGACAAAGGUAGACGCUUUCCGGCAAUAUCAAGUUCGCAAGAACAUUGAGAAGUGCAGCCUGAGCAUCGGCGGGGACAACGACAAGCGGAUCGGUGCGCCUACGCCGCAGCCUAAGAAAGAAGACAUUCCGGAUUUGGCGCAGGCCAAAUAUUAUAUCGGCGGACUGCCACCAAGCUUCCGUGCCGAGAAGUUGAUGUUACCUUCGCAAGUGUCGUUCCUCGGAUGCAUGGCCAAUAUCAUAGUGCAAGAAGGCUACGACCCGAUGGCCGAGCAAUAUUACGGGGUGGAACCCAGUUGUGGCAAUAAGCCGUUGAGGAUAAUCGGAUUUUACGGCGACGGAUAUCUCGAACAUCCUGCGUAUACUUUGCGAAAGAUCCAUUCCGUUCUCAGCUUCUCCUUCAGAACCAUGCAAGAAGUAGCUAUGCUACUUCUCUCCACAUUCGAGGGUCAAGAAGACAGACUGAGCGGGACUACGAAUGCAGAAACAAAUAAAAACAGCUAUUAUUCCGUGUGCAUUUUUAACGGACAAGUGCAAGUCCGCUUGAGCGCCGGCAAAGGCGAGCUGCUUCUCCAAUCGAACAACACCUUCAACGACGGCAGAUAUCAUUCGAUUACUGUUAUUAAGAAAAGAAAAGAGGUGGAACUGAGGAUUGAUGAUGCGUAUCAAGCCACGGGAAAAUUGCCUACAAGCGUCGCAAUCAAAGCUCCUGAUUCGAACGGAGGGUUGUUCUUCGGUGGAUUGCCAGCUCUCAUCAAUAACACGAAGAUGAUCUCCACUAAUACACCGCUGUACGGCGCUAUCAAAGAUGUGAUUUUCAAUGACGAAAUCAUUCGAUUCGACGAUGUCGUUAACUUCGAUCACGCUUUAAUCGGUCGUUCCGGACCAAGCAUGGGAAAAGAGGCGCCGAGCCUCGCGCCCUCAGCAUCGCUGUCACGAGGAAUGUCCACGCAGCCUGAAGGAUGCCAAAAGGUGCCUUAUUACUCGCUGGAACCGGGCGCGCUGAAAUUCGGCGACAAGCCGCACAGUCACACGCAGCUCUAUCUCAACUUUAAAAAAUUUUGGGAGAAAAAGUACGCGAUAGAGUUCGAUUUUAGGACCUACUAUCCUAAUGGACUACUCUUCAUCACUCCGGGUCUCAGAUUGAAGCACUAUCUAAUGGUGGUCAUCCGCGACGGGCAGCUUCUUCUGCUGGUGAAGAGCAAACAGAGGAAAGAGAUAUUGUUUAAGACGCCGUUCAACGACGGCAAUUGGCAUCACGUCGUCAUCAGCCACGACGAGAGGAGGCUCACUUUGCUGGUGGACACGCAGACACCGCGCACCCUUAAAGUGCCGAAGAGAAUAGGUCUGGCAUCCAUGAUGUACAUCGGCGGUCUUCCGGAGAGCGGAACGCCCAUCCCGGAACAAGUGGUCGUUAAACUUGAAACGCUCAAAGGAUGUAUCAGAGGCCUGAAGGUCAACGGAAACAUCUACGACAUGGUGGGCUCCACCAGCAGAGCCUACAACGUCGGCCAGUGCUUCCCGAGCGUAGAGAGCGGAGCUUACUUCCAGGACGAGGCGUACGCUGUUUAUCAGAAGAACUUCGAGCUGGGUGCCGUACUUGAGCUCCAACUGGAGUUCAGAACAUCGGAAUUGUCCGGCGUGCUGCUGUCGAUCAGUGCACCCGGUCAGUCGCCGUCUCUGUCGCUGGAGCUCAACAACGGCAGGGUGAUCAUGUCGGGCGAUCUGGGCGAUAACAAUCCGCUGUACGUGGAGCAGCGGUUUGCUAGUCCGUACGCGAUCUGCGACAAUCGAUGGCACAGGAUCCAGGCCGUGUAUAAUGACGAGGAGCUGGCGCUCAAGGUGGACGAACUAGACCAGAAAUACGGCUUGCCCACGAACGUCAAUUAUCACAUCAUGGGUUCCACUGCUUCCGGUCCGUUGUACAUAGGCGGUAUACCAGCGACAGCGCAAAAAGGCUCGCUGAUAACGCGGGACCACUUCAACGGGUGCAUCAGGAACGUGAUGAUAGCAGGGGAGAGGCGAGACUGGACUGACAUGGCGGAGCUGCACAACAUCCACCUGAGCUCCUGCCCGGUUCAAUGACGACGGAGUGCGGAAAAAGACUAUUACUAUGGCACAGCGGAAGGCCGAGCGCCCGGUUCGCUCGACAAGAUCACCCUGCCUCUUAGUUCCAAAGACUGUUCGCGUUAGGUUCGCAAUCGCACUAGGAUUAACGUGCCAUAUAUUUGCAGGCGACGAGUUUUUUCUUUUCUCUUCUUCUUUCGUUUUCUAACACGUAAGACUUAACAAAGCCAAAAGAUGCUAAAACCGUAGACCGUUUUGUUAGUCGUGACUCUCGGAGAGAGAGAAAAAGAGAGACCGUGCGCGUCGGUCUCGCCGCGAUGAAUGAUGGCACGGACAAAUAUUCGUCAUACACGUCGCCACGUACGUAGACACGGUGACUACUUACGCGGACGCGUAAGUAACGAUACCACUGCCAUAUAGUUUAAUUGCUCGCCGGAAGACUCAGACAAUUUGUACAUCAGUAUUUAAAAGCCAUUAUUUAUUAUCGUUAAUCGUAGAAUCGAUCUUGCGAUCGUCGCGUCAACGAGACGACGAGUAGAGUAGAACACGCGCGCGCAAUCACGUUUUGUACUUUUAUAGCAGUAGACUUCUAGUAAAGUAUGUACAUUUCGAAAAUCGACUUCCCAAUCGAGAGACGUCGAGAAAUGCGUGCAAGUGCCCUAUAAAAGUGAAGUGUCCCUUAAUCGCGCGCACAGAAAGAUGAUCUGCGGAAGAUAUUUUUAAUAUUUAUAUGUACUCUCGAUACUCUCGUUGAACUGUAAUAUAUUAUAAAUAUGCAAAAAAAAAAAAUUAACAAAUAACGCAUCCGCUGUUAUGCAUAAAACACAUAUAAUAAAAGAAAGCACGUCUGUUGCUCUUUCUUCACCCCA